GUAUAAAUAUAUAUACAGCAAAAUUUGCCACGCAAAUUAUCAUAUAUAUUGUACAUCGCGCGUUAUUUUGUUUCAAGGUGCGAUUUUAUGUAGAUAAAAAAUUUUACAUAAACUUUACAUAUAUACAUAUAUAUAUAUAGUUGCUGUGGCGCGAAAGGAGGAAUUUAAAGUAGCAGAGACAAUCGAUUUCAUUAUUGAGAUGCUUGUAAAUACAAAUGUAACUAAAUUUUAAGGAACGAUGAGACAAAGAGCGAUAUUUAUUUCGGAAGGAAUAGUGAUUGUGAUCGUGUUAUUUAUUAUUAAUCCCAAGUAAAUGUGCGUAAGAGGACACACACAUUGAGAAAAAAAAUUGUAAAUAAAUAUAUUACUACGAGAGAUGUUGAACGUGUGUUUGUAUCCCUGUCUGACUUGAUAUAAACUUUAUAAACUUUAAACGGCAUGCUUCAUUAGCCGAAUUUGUCACGUGACGCUCGAUGUGAAUCUAACGAACAAAUUCACGAUACUACUGCGUUUAAAUACAAGAUUGCCAUAAAGUCGCAAAGAUUUUUCGAGACUUGUCUCUUUGCUCUAUAAAAAAAAAAUGAAUGUAACACAGGCCGCACCGCCAAGAGGACGACGCGCUUACACGAGAGGAAGAUCCAUACCGAAUGCGCAACGCGUUACAAACAUAUUUCCGAAAUAUCAAUUCAAUUCUGGCUUCCCGAGUGUCCCGACGAGCUCCGGAGCCGCAAACUCAAAGACGCCAAGAUAUAAUCGCAGAGAGAAUUACAUCUCUACGUCGUCGUACUUGCCGAGCACGUCUCGUUGUAGUAUAGGGUCGAUCAAUCCGAAAUCGACACCAUACGGAACAUCCAGCAAUGCGGAUUCUUGGGUGGUGAUCGCGUUAACAGCUGGCCGAGGAGACGCCAGGAACGAAGUUGGCUUGGCAGCGAUAGAUCUUCAAUACCCGUACUUGAUCCUUUGUCAAAUUAGUGAUUGCCAAACAUACGUGAAUACCUUGACGAAAAUUAACAUUCUCGACCCAAUAGAAAUACUAAUGCCCGAGACAAUGUGCGAGCGUGGUAAUAAACUGUACAAAUCGAUCAAAGAGAAAUUUAAUGCUCUUAACAUCACACCGAUUUCACGAAUACACUUCAACGAGUCGACCGGCAUGGAACGCGUGCGAACUCUAUGCGCCAGAGAAUACUCGACUGUAGAAUUGAUAGUAAAACAAAAAUAUUACGCUUUGGCUGCGGCCGCAGCACUGCUAAAAUACGUGGAAUACGUCCAACAUAUGGUUUAUGCUCCAAAAUCGGUGCGAAUAGAGUUUCAAGGAUCACCGAAUACUACUAUGAUUGAUAUCGAGAGCGCACGUAGUUUGGAACUGGUUGUCUCGCAGUCCAAACAUACCAUCGUCAGUCUGCUGGGCACCAUGGACCGCUGCCUGACUCCUAUGGGUAGAAGACUCUUGCGCGCCUCCAUCCUUCAGCCCGGCUGCGACGAACGUCUGAUCCUGGAUCGACAGUCCUGCGUAGCGGAAUUGGUGGCCAAUCAUUCUCUAUGCAUCAGUCUUCAGCCGGUGGUACAACGCCUCUUCGGCACUGAUCGCUUGCUGACGUUAGCGAUUAAACCUUUACACGUCAACGACAUACAAAACGCAGAGCGAAACCUAAACUACGCGUUGCUCUUGAAGAGCUGUCUGGACACUGUUCCGGAAUUGGAAGCAAUCCUCGCGACCGGUAUUCAUCCAUUUUUUGCGAAAAUGCGAAAGAAUUUAGGAAAUUUGGAAUUCCGAGUUAUGAAAGAUAAGAUUUUGACAUUGAUACACGCGGACGCGAGAUUCGUGAAGGGAUGCACUUCCCUGAGUAUGCAACGAUGCUUCGCUAUAAAAGCUGAUAUCAAUGAAUUAUUGGACGUCGCUCGGCAAAUUUAUUGCGAAUUAAUCAGCGACAUGAAAAAUCUGGUAGAGCAAUUAGCCGUGAAACAUAAGCUACCAUUAUCCUUGGAAUACAACGCGAACUUGGGCUACCAUAUAAACGUUGUGAUACCGCAAAAUGCGAGCAUGAUAAUCUCGGACUUGCCAGCGGAAUUUAUUCAAGCGCGAAAAAACAGGAGAUCCUUUACGAUGACCACAACAGGGCUAUUGACGUUAACUAAACAGUGCAAGAACGCUUGCGAGGAGAUUUACGUGAUGAGUAACACAUUGUUGACUAAUUUACUGGAGGAUAUAAGACAGCAUGUCGGCUGCUUGUUUCAACUGAGCGCCGACGUGGCAGAAUUAGACUUGAUACUUUCGUUGGCGCAAAUCAGCAGUAAUCCGGAAUACGUAAGACCAACGUUCGAUUCGAAGUUAGAACUGGUAAACUCGUUUCAUCCCAUUAUGGAGUUAUUUAACAGAGAUUUACCCAUAGCCAACGAUGUGAACGCGUCAAUUGCGUAUAAUUUUCACCUGAUAACUGGACCGAACAUGAGCGGCAAGUCCACGUACCUAAAACAGAUCGUUCUACUUCAAAUUAUGGCACAGAUCGGUUCUUACGUGCCGGCGAUGAAGGCAACGUUUCGCAUUGCGGAUCGCAUACUUUGUAGAAUGAGCUCUCGCGACGACGCCGAGCUCAAUGCAUCCGCCUACGUCCUCGAGAUGAAGGAGGCACAAUACAUUCUGCAAUCCGUCACACCCAGGUCUCUCGUGGUUCUAGACGAGCUCUGCAGGCAUACCACUGUCGAGGAGGGUUCAGCCAUCGCUUGGUCGAUAUGCGAGAAAUUAUUGCUGACGACUGCGUUCACGUUUGCCGCAACGCAUUUUUUGCAUCUCACCGCGCUGAGAAACAUGUAUCACAACGUGACAACUCAUUGCUUCGAGACAAAAACCGCGGAAACGGAAGAAUCGAACGAGCUACAUCUAAUAUACACUCACAAGUUGAAUCCCGGAGUAGGACCUACCGAUCAUUAUGGCAUUUCUUUAGCGGAAGUAUCUUCUCUACCGAAAUGCGUUACGACUAAAGCGCGGGAGUACGCGUCUCGACAAUCUACCGCACAGAAUAAUCUCGGAUCCGUGGUAAGUUCCCCAUCGUGGAAGAAAUCGUGUUACGACGCGGUCGUUCAGUUGCGCGCGCUGUUGGAGAACAAUCGUUUCAUUUUCGCAAAUAUCAUAAAUAUCUUGAGGCAACUGGAUCUGGGCGAGCAACGUAAGAAGCAACUGCUUGCAGAAGGAGCACAAAUUCCCGUAAAAUCCACAAACGUCACGGAAGAACGUGAGAAACGCGAGGAGGAUAAAAACUUGGCAUCGAACGAUAAUCCAACGACGGUAACCAACGACAACGCAAUAUCGUUAAUCGAAUUAGCGGAACGAAAUAAAAGUCAACGAGAGUACCAAGCGGAGGACGAACCAAUGGAAAUUGUGAAAACUGAUCGGAAUCGGAAGAUAGAUUUGUCGAUUCACGGAGCUAUCGUAAAUCGCGCGACACUUUCGUCACAGCCGGAGACAACUGAUGAAGAUUCGAGGAUCGUUAAUUCGCGAUUUCCGAAUCCUAGCACGUCCCAUCCGAACUUGACAAAGACCAAGUCGUUUAUCGAACAGCCGAUCCUUGACGAAAGUCCUAUCACUAUCGAUCCGCGAUUUUACGUUUGCACGUCCUUUGAGACAACGACCAGCCAGAAAACGACAUUAGUAGUCGGAGAAUUAAAAGGACAGAUGGAGAUAAUACUACCACAUGGUAGCUUAGGAUCGAACGUCGCUUUAAACUCAAUAGUGCCUUCUCCGUCAGCAUCUUCUAGAUCCUCUCAAUAUCAUGAUUAUUGUUUAUCCGAGGGAGAAUUCGACAUUGCUCUGCCGUCUUCUCAAUCAACUUUGACUGAUAUAACAAAAAUGAAGCGAUCUAAAGAGAUUUCGCAACGGCUCGAAAACGAUACUUUCGACGAAAAUACUUUCUUGGAUAUGCAAGAAUCAUUGAUCCUUACUCCGGACGAUGACGUAAUAAUGUCACCGGUGUAAUUUAUUUUGCAUUAUAAAAUUAUUUACUUAAUCAUUAAUUUGUAUUUAUAUAAGAAAAAUUAAACAAUGCUUUUUUCCUUUUAAUUAUUUUAUGUAUUUUUCGUUCUUAUCUUUCUUAUCGUUAUUGUAUUUAGGUAAAGAAAAAUGUUUUCUCAUUUUAAUUUUCUUCUUGUAUUCGCUUGCAAAUGCAAGAAUGCAAAAGGCGAGAUUCACCCUUGAGCAAGCUACAAACAUAUGAAUAUCUCUUCUCUUCGCAACGAAAUUGACAAGAUAUAUUGGCUCCAUUUUCGAGCAAAGACAUACAAAAUUGUAAGAUUGGAUAGCUUUGCGUAAAAUAAAAAUGACGAGGCGAUAAUGAUCGUCUCGAACACAUAAUUGCUUCGAUAAUUGCUUCGACCAUCGCAAAAAAAAAAAAAAAA